CCUCCCACAUGUUACGCCAGUCGUUUUUCUUCGCUCGAGUCCGCUUGAGCCAGACUUUUCCCGCGUUCUUGCUGUGUUGGUUCGUUCCGGUGGUAGUUUGCAACCUGGCGCGCGAGAAAUUCCGGUGAAGCACGUGUGGGUCCCGUUGCCGUUGCUCUUCCGUUCAGCGGGUAUUUUAUUAACUCUUUUCUUCAACCGAUGACUCGUGAAAAAAGUACUGAUAGUGUGAUAUAAAAUGGUUAUCGUGUGAUGAUUCUCCGAUGUGAAAAACUGUGAUAAUUGGUAGAGGUGUGAUCAGGAGUGAUUGUGUUCAGAUCAAUUAGUGUGACUGAGGCAAGCUGGCGAGUUUUAUGGCCAGUUGGCGAAGGUAGAACAUUACUAGUCGGAUGUUUAAUACAUAGCUGAAAGAGACAACGGAUAAAAGUAAACACGUGAAAGCAUUAAUCAGAGUUCAAAGCUGAGAAAGAAAUAGUGCGUGAAAAUGAAUAGCCGGCGAAACGACAGCGUCCGUUUGCUGUGUAGAGUUGGGUUAAUCCUGCUGCUUACCGAAGUUACCCAAUGCCUUCGAAUCACAGAGCUUGACGUGCCGCAGGCAUAUGUUCUGCAACAGGGGGAGGAUCCACCGGAGGACCUCGUGUUGGAUUGCGAGUAUGAUCUGGAGGAAGAUAAAGCGAAGGGUUUCGUUCUCAAGUGGAAGCACAACGACCUUCAAAUCUACCAAUGGAUUCCCUCGAAGAAACCCGUAGCCUUCACAUCUUUCAAAGGUCAUGUCGAUCUGGAUUACUCAGUAUCGGAUGACCGAUAUCAGAAAUAUCGUGCCUUGAAGCUGAUUAACCCUAUGGCAAAUUUCACCGGCAAUUACAGUUGUUCUGUGCAAACGUACGAUGAGAAUGAAACCAAGACGGGACACCUGCAAAUUAUAGUCCCCGAGGCGGACUUCAAUCUUACUUAUCAUCGGGAGAGCAACGGCAGCACUGUCGUCACGUGUGAAGUCAGCGAUAUUUUCCCGAAACCGCAGUUGUCUUUAUUUAUUGACGAAACGCAAACAAAUGAAGUGAUUCUUUCCGAAAAACAAAAUCCAGGUACAUUCGAUGUCGUUCUGCAGCAUGUACUCAGUGAUGACUCCAAGGAUGCGUCCAUCCACUGCCAGUUAUCGAUACCGGGGACCAACUAUACCAAAAAGAGGGAGAAAAUGUAUCACGGCGCUGCCUUUCGAGCGAGUAUUUCGAUUUUGCAGGCCUUAUUCUACGCACUGACCGCAGCAGUAUUGUCCAACACGAUCGGAUACUAAACACCACCUUUCUAUGUAUAUGUCACACUAGAAUUUUAGGGAACGCUAAAAGCGAUAAACGAUAUUCUUAUUUUGUUUUAUUAUGAUAUUACUACUACCAGUGUCUUAAUGAAUGUGUAAAUUAUUGCGAAGAUUUCACCGUUAGCUUCUAAGUCCGAUCGAGGGAACUGUAAUGACGCCUACGAUUCAGAUGAGUUUCUUUUUUGUGUCUUACCCUGCAGUGAUCUGCGAAGGCAUCUUUAUUUUCAGCAAGAAAAAAAAAUCACAGCAGUCCCACGCGACUCUAAACAUUACACUAAUCAUUUUUCUAUAUCAGCACAAAUGUUUUCCAAGCGAGUAACAAACUCUGCGCACAUUGUUAUACCAAAAAAGUAACAUUAAUUCUACGAUUAGAAAGUAAAUUGUUGUAAAUAGUUGUUUGUAUAUUUUUACUAGCUUUAUCUCCUGGCGCAGGUAUUGUACGAUUUGUUUCGUGUACUUAUCGUGAGUUUAUUAACAACCAAAGCAAAACUAUUUUGUGAACCAAAAGAUUAGGAAAUAAAUAUUUAUUUGGAACGAGACAUACAAA